AUAGAAGGUUUGAAACACGAUGCUUUCCUUUGGAUUCAAUAAUAUAAUUAAUAUAUAAAGACAAUUCUUAACAUAGAUUUCUUCUUCCUAAAUCAGAAAUUACAAUUACAACCCAAUCACAAAAGUGCGAAUGGAUUCAACUGGGUUGCAAUUGCAUAUGAUGAAAUCGCCACUAUCACACACUUUGCUCCUAUCUUCACCUACCCUUUUCACCAACAACUCCAAUUCCAUCACUUUCACAAACCGAUUCACCAGAAAGUCUUGUCCUUUUCCCACAAUCAUGGCUUCUUCUGCUACAUCAAAAGCAAAGCCAAUUGCCUAUGGUUUCAAGACUUUAUUAGAAACCUUCACUGUUGAUGUUCAUAGAGCAGAGAAUAGACCAUUGAAUGUUCCUUUAAUUGCCCCUUUUACUAUUGCCUCUUCUAGAUUGGAUAAAGUAGAGAACGUUGCAAUUAGAGUUGAAUUGAGUAAUGGUGCUGUUGGGUGGGGUGAGGCACCAAUUUUGCCUUUUGUUACUGCAGAGGAUCAAAAUACAGCUAUGGUUAAAGCUUCUGAGGCAUGUGCCUUUUUGCUCAACUGUCCUGCACUUACAUUGGGUUCUGUGUUGAAGGAGAUUGGUGAUAUUCUUCCAGGGCAUCAAUUUGCUUCAGUUAGAGCUGGAGUGGAGAUGGCAGUGAUUGAUGCCGUCGCAAAUAGUAUUCGUGUACCACUGUGGAGGCUUUUUGGCGGUGCUUCAAAUACCAUAACCACUGAUAUAACAAUCCCAAUAGUUUCUUCGGCUGAAGCAGCUGAAUUGGCUUCAAAGUACUAUAAAGAAGGAUUUAAGACUUUAAAACUGAAAGUGGGCAAGAAUCUGAAUUCAGAUAUAGAAGUGCUUCGAGCUAUACGUCUUGUCCACCCUGAAUGUCAGUUUAUUCUCGACGCUAAUGAGGGGUAUAACUCUGAGGAAGCAGUGGAAGUUCUCGAGAAAUUACAUGAAAUAGGGUUGACCCCUAUUUUAUUUGAGCAACCAGUUCAUAGAGAUGAUUGGGAUGGUCUUGGAUAUGUGAGUAACAUAGCAAGAGAAAGGUAUGGAGUGUCUGUUGCAGCUGAUGAAAGCUGCAGAAGUAUAGUUGAUGUUUACAGAAUAGUAGAAGGGAAUCUUGUAGAUGUGAUUAACAUUAAGCUUGCAAAAGUUGGAGUUAUAGGUGCAAUGGAUAUUAUUGAAAAAGCAAGAGCAGCAGGAUUAGAUUUGAUGAUUGGUGGUAUGGUUGAGACAAGACUAGCUAUGGGAUUUGCUGGUCAUCUUGCUGCUGGCCUUGGAUGUUUUAAGUUUAUUGACCUAGACACACCACUUCUGCUAUCAGAAGAUCCAGUUCUUGAAGGCUAUGAAGUUUCAGGUGCCGCUUAUAAGUUCACAAAUGCUAGGGGACAUGGUGGAUUCCUUCAUUGGGACAAUCUUGCUUAGCAAGUUAUAACGAUCUUCUUGCACAAUAGAACCCAACUUUAAUAAACGAGAGGUGGGAACUUGUCUCAAAUUGUAUUUGGGUGCAAAGUACAGUCAUUUCUUCACUUAGGAUAAUAUAAUGUUGGGGAGAAAUUUAAGCUCCAAGAAAAACAUUUACUAGUAUAAUCAUAGGCAAGAUUUGAGAAAGCAACAUGUAAGAGACUGGGCAGGCCUUGCAAGGGUCAGUUUGCUCCCCAUUGUAUGACAUCUGAAACGGUAAAACUUGUUGUCUGGUGCGGUUAAGAUGAGACAUACACAGAGACAUCCAGUUGAGGAAAAUUGAAGCGCUCGCAAUGUUUGUUUAUGCCGUAGGUGUUGUUUAUAACAUUUGCGUGGAAAACUUCCAAGAAUUUUUUUAGUAACACUCCUUUAUGAAAGAGACUGUUUUAUGUAGUCUUUCUUCAGCUUCAA